GAUCCUGAAUAAACUACAACAUGCCUCCUCCCGGUGUGUGUAUGAGUAUAAUGCAAGAGCGCCACAAAGAAGAUGGUGUUGGGAGCCUUGCCAACGCUGGGAAACACAGGAACCAAGACUUCCUGCAGCUGAAGCAAUACUGUUUGGCCAGGAGGGUGAGGUACAUCGAUGACAUGUUCCCACCAGACCACAACUCCAUUGGUGAAGGGCUACUUUCCCCUGAUGACAUGCGUAGAGUGGUGUGGUUGAGACCAGAGAAAAUUGCCCAAAAUCCAGAUUUCAUCAUUAGUGGAUUUUCAAGGUUUGACUUUGAGCAAGGAAAUAUUGCAAAUUGCUGGUUUCUUGCUUCCGUUGGGGCUUUGACAUUCCAGGAGCACAUCCUGGAGCAAGUAGUACCCCUAGAGCAGAGUUUUACAGAGGAUUACUGCGGAAUAUUCCACUUCAGG